AGAUAAUAACAUGGCGCUGGCAGACACAUAACGGUGCUCAUCUCUGGGAAAAAACAAAAUCAAGCAAACAUAUCUUUUAUAUUUACAAGACCAGGGAAGAAAAAGGAAACGCAACGGGACAUGUGAGCUCGUGACGUCAUCGAGCAGGUUUGCCAGGGUUUUCCAGCAUGUUUGGGAAGAAGAAGAAACGGCUGGAGAUAUCCGCACCGUCUAACUUUGAGCACCGGGUCCACACGGGCUUCGACCCGCGGGAGCAGAAGUUCACCGGGCUGCCGCAGCAAUGGCAGAGCCUGCUGGCGGACACUGCCAACCGCCCCAAGCCCAUGGUGGACCCUUCCUACAUCACCCCCAUCCAGCUGGCACCAAUGAAGAUAUCUCCCCAGAAAGUCCGGUCUUCUGAAACGCCGUUGCCCAAAACUAUCGUUCGAGGGAACCGACCACCCAAAGAUGCGUCCAUCAAUGGCCUUCUGGAGGAAUUUGACAACAUUUCAGUUACACGCUCCAACUCCCUGCGUAAAGAGAGCCCACCAGGCCUCCAACAGGCUGGAACCAGUUCCAAACCCUUGGGUAGUGGGCACCUCACUGCUCCAGAGGAGAAUGGAUUCAACCAUUACUACUCUCGUUACUCCUGUGACCUGGACACCUCCAGCAGGGACUUUUCACUGGACCCUGGCAAGCCAAGCAUCUCCAUAGAUGGGGACUGGGCUGUCGGGAGGCAUUACCGGUUCACCAAGCAGAACGGCCACUCACAUCCCAUACGCAGCCACUUCUACCCAGACGCCAUGCCUCAAAAAUCAGACUAUGGGAAGCUUCCACCAGACUAUCACACCUACUUAGAGAGCAAAGGGCGCUCAGCUGACGAGGUGGCCUCCACAGUGGGGAGUGGAGUGGGCUCCAGUGGCUACUACCGCGUGUCAGUGGGAGGCUCAUCCAGCCAGGACUACCGGGACACUUCAGUUGGCACGCCAUCUCGCGCCUCUCUUCACAGCGAGCAAAUUAACUACCCGGACAGCGAGUGGAGCUACUACGGUCUGCGGGACGACUAUGACAAGAGACCCAAGAGCUCCUAUGUGACCCAGACCAGUCCUACACCAGCUAUCAGGCAGAGAUCUCGGUCAGGAUCUGGACUACAGGAGCAAAAUGUUCCCUAUGCAGCCAGUGGGGCUUUCAAGAACCCUCCACAGGCACACCCGUACAGCUCCUACACCUACCCUCGCCUCUCAGAGAGUCUUGCCAAUUCACAGACCCUAUCCAAGGGCGACUAUGAGCGUCCAGCUCGUGAAGAAAUCCCCCAGGUCGCAGGUGGUGACACCUACCUUCGAGGGCCUCUUAAGCUACCUCAAAGCCAUACAAAACCACCUGGCUACCCCCCAGUGCACCUGCCGUACCCCCCUAUGUUCCACCAUUACAAGCCCUCGCCCUACCACCACCCCCCCUCCCAGCCCAGCCCACCAUACACCCCACAGGGGGCCUACUCACAACCGUCAUCCCCUUACAUCCCCCCGGGGGCUUACCCUCCUCCUUCGUGGGGGUCGAGCUCUGACACUCAGCCUUCCAGAGUCUCCCACGAGCAGUUCAGAGCCGCACUCCAGCUGGUGGUCAACCCAGGCGACCCUCGGGAAUAUCUGGACAACUUCAUCAAGAUCGGCGAGGGCUCCACGGGAAUCGUGUGCAUCGCCAGCGAGAAGCACAGUGGCAAGCAGGUGGCAGUGAAGAAGAUGGACCUGAGGAAGCAGCAGAGGAGAGAGCUGCUCUUCAACGAGGUGGUGAUCAUGAGGGACUACCAUCAUGAAAAUGUUGUGGACAUGUACAACAGUUACUUGGUGGGGGACGAGCUGUGGGUGGUCAUGGAGUUCCUGGAAGGGGGAGCGCUCACGGACAUCGUCACUCACACAAGGAUGAACGAGGAGCAGAUAGCCACCGUGUGUCUGUCGGUGCUCAGAGCUCUGUCCUACCUGCACACACAGGGCGUCAUCCACCGAGACAUAAAGAGCGACUCCAUCCUCCUGACCAGCGACGGGAGGAUCAAGUUAUCAGACUUUGGCUUUUGUGCCCAAGUUUCCAAAGAGGUGCCCAAGAGGAAGUCUCUGGUGGGCACGCCGUACUGGAUGGCACCGGAGGUCAUCUCCAGAAUACCUUACGGGACUGAGGUGGACAUCUGGUCUUUAGGGAUCAUGGUGAUCGAGAUGGUGGAUGGAGAGCCCCCCUACUUCAAUGAACCCCCACUGCAGGCCAUGAGGAGGAUACGAGACAACCUGCCCCCCCGGUUAAAGGAAUCACACAAGGUGUCGACUGUGCUGCGCUCCUUCCUGGACAUGAUGCUCGUCAGGGAGCCGUCGCAGAGAGCCACUGCCCAGGAGCUCCUCCAGCACCCGUUCCUCAAGAUAUCUGGACCCCCUUCAUGUAUCGUCCCCCUUAUGAGACACUACCGCCAUCGCUGACCCUUGACUUCGAACAUACUUCUUUCGAUACUGAAAACACACACAUAAACACCCCUUUCAGGGUGACACUGCCCUCACCCUGCCAAGUCGACCCCACUGCUUGGUGGUACGCCACUAACACCUAUAACCGUGACGUAGAUUAGCUAGUGGAGUAUGUUUAAAGUACACGCACAGAGAAAAGAAGAAAAAAAAACUGAACAGUUUGGACCUUGAGGUGGAAUCAAAGUUCACCGGAGGAACUUGUGCUGGUUUGCACCGCUGCAUCCUUCUUUCUUCCCAGACUGAGUCUUCAGCUUUGUGUAGACUCGUAGUAGCCAUCAGCCUUCCAGAGCUUCAGAAGGGUGCGCUGAGUUG